AUGAGUAUCUUUUUUCUUUUAUCUCAUAACAGUAAUUUUCAAAAGUUGUGUGAAGAUGACACACCUAUGGUGCGAAGAGCAGCUUCUGGAAAACUUGGAGUAAGUAUCUCAGUGAUGCAGAAUGAACAAGCGAUUCAUCUUUCACUUAUGACAGCCUACAUGUACUCUCAUUCAUGUAUGAUCUUUUACCACGGAUAUUAGAAGUUGUUUAGCAGUUUUAAAACCAUUUUUGAGCAAGCAUAUAAUGUUCAAACAAUGUUCGUGUAUCUCUAUUCAAAUCAUUGUAAUGGAAUAGAUUUUGACACAAGUAUGCUGUCUAUUUCAGAUGCUUGUGGGUAGGCUGAUUUUGAUACAAUUAUAAAAUUAUUACUUUUAUGCUUGGUAUCAAGUCUUUAGGGAAUAACACAGUAAUAUUGAGACUGACAGGGCUUGACUUGUGUGCAACAUUGAGUUUCACGUGAGCUUGCCAGAUGCAUGUUCGACGUAUUUCUAGUACAGGGUGCAAAGAAGUCAGUUUUUCACUACUUUACAAGCUGCCCCAACCCCUCCAAAAAAAAUUAAUAAAGAAAAAUAAAAAUAAUGAGCAGGAUUUAUUACAGUUCUUCUGUAAUUUGAAUUCCCCAAGUUGCCCGUCAGGCAAAAGCAAAAUCCACGAGUCCUGAGUUAUUAGACACCACUUUCUUUGCGUGCUGUAGUAUAAAAAUUGUUGAAAUAGGCCUAUUGGGUGUUAAUGAUAGGAAAGGAAGAUUAGAUUUGCCCCAGUGUGCAUUGUUUCUCCUUGAGAUUGUUGUUUAAUGCAGAACCAUAACAAAAAAAGUAAAGAGAAGUUUUCUUUCCGUCACCUUCCCCCUUCACUUUUUUUGCUGUCCCUCCUAUUUUCACAACAAACUUAUUAUCUACCUUGCUUGCCCUGAGCUUUUCAUGCUUGUUAGUUUAAGGUCUGUUGCUAACACCCUAACACUUUUAUGUGUGCUCAAUCAACGUUAAGAAUAUUAUUAUUUGGGUGGAUUCUGAUGUUCACUUCCAUGUUGAUUACAGUGUAGAUAGGAAUUUGUGUAUGUAGCAACAUGCCUUUGUUUUAUGUUUCAUUUAUUGCCAUCUUAGGAAUUUGCAAAAUGCAUGGAGCUAGAGUUUGUCAAAUCAGACCUUGUUAAGCUGUUCAACAACCUUGCUAGUGAUGAACAGGACUCAGUGCGACUGCUUGCUGUAGAAGGCUGUUCAAGUAUUGCAUCAAUUCUGCCAGAUGAGGAUAAGCUAACUCUUCUUAUGCCUACUGUUAGGGCUGCAGCACAGGUACAUAAACCACACCAUUCAACCCUUGUUUUGUGACAAAGUGGCAUAGAAAUGAAAGCCCUAUGUAUCCAUCAUGUUCUAUGUUCCAUUCAUGUACUCAUCUUUUCAUUUCACCAAUGCUUUGCCAUAAAUUUUGUGCAAGGAAUCUGAUAAAAUAAAUACUCCAUCUUGUUUUUGUUAAAAUGUAACUUGGCUUGUACAUGUACAUUCUGGAUGUCAUUUGCCCAGAUAGUGUUUCCAUUAAGUUUCAUGCUUGUUCUUCUAGGACAAGUCUUGGAGGGUGCGAUACAUGGUAGCUGACAAAUUCACAGAGGUAACUUUACACAAUCUGUUUCCAUUUUUUAGUGCAUUUCAGUUAUGUUUUGGUGGUUUUGUUAUUUUCAUUCAAGUUGCAUACUUAUGUUAUUUGUUGUGAUUAGCUGCAAAAUGCUGUAGGAUCAGAGAUCACAAAGAAUGAUUUAGUGCCAGCAUUUCAAGGUUUACUUAAGGACUGUGAGGCGGAAGUUAGAGCUGCUGCAGCUGGGAAAGUUAAAGGUAAUGCAUUCAGGGUGGUCUAUAAUAAUUAUUCAUGUAGGAGCUCUAUAAAUAAUACAAGCAGUUGAGAAUGCAUGUCACUAUUACAACAACAUUUAUUCGAAGUGACUUCAUACAUGUAGCAGCUAUUUCACCUAGCAACUGUAUAGUUAUUAGAGUGACUUGCUUGUGACGCUGAGAGAAAGAUAGGGUGAAUUAAGCUGGUGUUGAGUUAGAGACUGUCAUUUAAUAAUAUGCAUUGCGUCAAUUAGAUUAAGUGUUAAGUUGCAAUUCAGCUAUUGUUUUUUGACAAUGUCGAGAAGCACUNACUGUGAGGCGGAAGUUAGAGCUGCUGCAGCUGGGAAAGUUAAAGGUAAUGCAUUCAGGGUGGUCUAUAAUAAUUAUUCAUGUAGGAGCUCUAUAAAUAAUACAAGCAGUUGAGAAUGCAUGUCACUAUUACAACAACAUUUAUUCGAAGUGACUUCAUACAUGUAGCAGCUAUUUCACCUAGCAACUGUAUAGUUAUUAGAGUGACUUGCUUGUGACGCUGAGAGAAAGAUAGGGUGAAUUAAGCUGGUGUUGAGUUAGAGACUGUCAUUUAAUAAUAUGCAUUGCGUCAAUUAGAUUAAGUGUUAAGUUGCAAUUCAGCUAUUGUUUUUUGACAAUGUCGAGAAGCACUACCUCGAUCAUCUUCAAGCUAUUUUGUUUUUUUUUAGAUUUUGCCGAUAAAGUUCCUGAGGAUGUUCGUGAGCAGGUGUUGAUGACUAAUUUACUUCCAUGUGUCAAGGUAUGUUGUUAACACUGAGAAGCUAAGGCUCUUUUACUAGAUAUUGAAUUUGCUCUAUGGUCAAGAAAAUUUACCAUAGUUUUAAUCUAAGCAGAAAAAAGUGAUAAAAUGAAAAACAACACAGAUCGAGUGACCCGUAUUUACUGCAGAAAUUAGUGAUACAUGUACACAUAUCUUUUUGCUUAACACAGCAGUUGUAAUGAUGAUUAAGGCAGCAACUUGGGGAAAAAUAAUUGACUGCAAUUUGUCUUUUAUCCAUUGUUCAUUGUAGGACUUGGUAAUGGAUCCUAAUCAGCAUGUCAAAUCUGCUUUAGCUUCUGUGAUAAUGGGACUCUCACCAAUGUUAGGAAACGAUAAGUAAGUCUGAAGCAAUGCAUUAUUAAUUAAAAAGAGGUUCAAAAGGUAAUUUUAUAAUUAUUAUUACUUUGAAACUUCUGGAUGUUGUCACCUCUUUCGUCAACCUUAACACAGCAAAAAGAUUUCUUUGGGAAAUUUUAAAGUUUCUUUGAACCUACCAGACAGAAUGUUUUUAAACUUUGUGAGUAGUCAAAAUAAGCGUUAGCAGUUGAUUGCAAUUUGUGAUAAAAAUGCGGGACAUCUAACUCAGUUUUGAAUUAAAAGAACUAAAUGCUAAAAUUAAACUGUGUUUUAACAGGGUACUGAGGAAAGCUCUCGGGUUUGGCAACUAUUUGAUGCCAAGUUCCAUUAUUGUAGCAGAAGAAAUGCAUCACACUGUUGAUCUGUUAAUUGCAAAGUGCUAAAAAAUGCUAUCAGCCAUUGAGAGCCACUUUAAUUCUGAUAGUCAAACUUACUUGUAUUUUCAGUAACUUGAUGCUCGGUUAACGUUUUUUAUUUGGUUACUUCAUUUUUAGCACUAUUGAACACCUUCUUCCCCUUUUCCUUACAAUGUUGAAAGAUGAGGUAAAGUAUGAUGUUUUUGUAGUGUGCUAUAAUUAUUGCUAGAAAGAUUUUUACAAUUCUCAAAGUUGACAGGUUUUAUAAGUAAUGCUAUUUCUUUUGAGGAAGUUAUGUGAGGGUCGGCCGGUGCUUUGCUUUUCUUGCAGAUUCCUGAAGUAAGACUCAAUAUAAUAUCCAACUUGGACUGUGUCAAUCAAGGUACUACAGUGCUGCUUUAAAACAUAACCGGCAGUGGUAAUAUGAAACCUGUUGUUGGUGGUCACUGACAUUACCUUAAUUUCAUCUAAAAUUUUAGAGUACCUAUAAUAGCUAAUGUUUGAGAAAAAAAAAAGUUUGGAUCGUUGAGGAAUGUGGGAAGGCCAAUAGAGUGCUUAACGGUGAAGACAGUGUUGGCUGUUGUUGCCAAGUGACCAUUAAGUACCAGUUAGUUUAAUACAGGUUUGACCAUAAAUUAUGAGUUUUAGGACAGCUACUUAGGCUACAUGGUGAAAAUGUCAUGAGCGUCGUGAUAGACACUGAAUUAUUCCCAGCUAAGCAACAGUACUUAAGAGUGAUAGGCAAUGCCAGUUUUCAGACGGCUUUCGAUGCACAGUGUUGAUUUGGUUGUUUCUCCCAGAAACAAGUUGUUAUGAAUUUUGAGGUGAAAUCGGUGGGACUUCAAAUUAUUCCUGUUCACUAUCCCUCCCCCCUUCCCCCCCCCCAAAAAAAAGACACUCGCUGUGUGACUCCCAGUCAAGUUUCUCCUCUUUUAGUUACUGUGUCUCCAGUGUUAGUUGAAAGUUUUUAGCUGUUUUUUCGUUUAGCUCAUGAAUCAUUUGUUAGUGGUAUGUUGCUGAGUUACAUGUAGUGCUUAAACCAUUCUUACAAUAAAUUACUUGUCAAUGAUAAUUAUUUGAUUCCUUUUUAGUUAUUGGCGUUAAUCAGCUGUCACAGUCUUUACUACCUGCCAUCUUUGAGCUUGCAGGAGACACCAAAUGGCGUGUACGACUGGCAAUUAUAGAGUACAUGCCAUUACUAGCCAGUCAGUUGGUAAGUACCACAACAAUUACUAUCUGGACUGGUGACCAACAAACAUCAAAGUUGUAAUUCCUUCUCUGCCAGAGUCAAUAACCUUAUUAAGAUGGGAGAUGUAGUUCUACCUUUUGAGUAUAUUGAGGUCUGAAAAUGGGACCAUGUAAAAUGUUGCCAAUACUUUUAGUCGACUGACAGAAGAAACGACUCAGUAGCUGUACUAGUCCCUCUCCUCACUAAUUUUAUCACAUGUAGCUGAUGCAUAACAUUACUGUCUCAUGCAUUCUAUCAGGGUGUAGAAUUCUUUGAUGAGAAGCUUAACAGCCUGUGUAUGACUUGGCUUGUAGAUCACGGUGAGUCUGAUUUUUGCCUCAACCCUUUCCUUCCCUUUUCUUGAUAUUUUUUGAAUAGAUACCUGCAGACACUAAACCUGUUGCUAAGUAUCAUGUUUCAUUUUCAAGAUUUGCUGAUGAAUCUGUUCUGUCUUUGUAGUGUAUGCUAUCCGAGAAGCAGCAGCAAAAAACCUUAAAAAGUUAGUAGAAAAGUUUGGAACCGAGUGGGCCCAGGUGAGGAAAUAAUGGUCAAUUUGAUCUUGACUUGAUUCGUGUUUUUCUUUUGUCCCCCAAAACUGGGAGAUGGUACAAAUACACCGCUACUCAACUGAUUACGGCCGACCGUCUUUUGUUUAAGGAGAAGGGGUUAGUUUCUAAAGAAACUCUGGAGUUGUGUCGGUGAGAAGGGAGGGAAAUGAAGCGCAGCUAGCCCUCUUAACGAAUUAACGAAUCCAAAGGGUAAUAAAGGGCAGGAGAGGGCUGUUCUUGGGCUGUUGGGCUGUUGUUUUCUGUUGCUGUGACGAGAGUUGACGUCUCCCUUCCUGGAGGUGUCGCUAUGUUUGUUGCUGGUUCUUGCUUUUGCUGCGAAAUGUUUUUCUCCACCCAACACUCCUGUUUCCCUCCAGUAAUUCUAAACAUUGAAUUUCAUCUGAAGAAGAGCAACUUUGUUGUUAUUUUUAUAUCAAUCAGAUGAGGAGAGUGAUCUCUACCUUUUGAUCUUCUUAACAUAUAAUAACCGUUAUUUUUUUUCUUUUUUAGAGCAAAAUUAUUUCAAAAGUGUUGUCCAUGGCUACAAACCCAAAUUAUCUCCACAGGCUUACCACUCUAUACUCAAUUAACGUAAGUCGUCCCAGCUCCUUCUACUUUUGAACACCGUGUUCUGAAUGUAGAUAGGUUCGUUUGCUUUCGUGGUUUUAUAGUGUGACCUCAAACACCCAAACAUGCUACCGUGGUAGAGUCAGGUGUUUUUUUCAUAAGUCAUUUCACCCUAAAAACCUGAUCACCUAAAAUCUGUGUUUCCUUUAAUAUCCACUUCGGUUGGCAUUGCCUCGAAAAUUUAUGAUGUUUUUAGAUAAAGUUAGCUUACUUUAUAAGAAGUGAAUAGCGCAACAUUUCAGUAAAUGGUUCUAUACUUUGUUUUGUCAUUUUUUCUUGUAUAGUUUUUUCUUAUGUGUUGUUCACAAUAUUAUGGCAGGUGCACCAUGGUUAACCGCUGUUGUAACACUACACAGCAUGUUACUAAUAUUACACAAAAUGAUUUUGAAUCGAAUCUCCCAGUAAAACCUAGCGAUGUUUUUUUUCAGUAGAAGCCAAGAUCAGAGUGUUUUAUUUUUUUUUACAUAUUGCAGGUAUUAGCAGAAGUCAUGGAUCCUAAGAGUGUAGUAGACGUCAUGUUGCCGGUUGUUAUCAGUUUAGCUGGUGAUUCUGUGGCAAAUGUUCGCUUUAAUGUCGCCAAAACACUACAAAAAAUCGCCCCGGUUCUGGAUGAAAAGUAAGAACUCUCCCUUUUCUUUCACUAGAAACACGCUGUUAGAAUGUAAAAUACGCUCAUUUUUUUCCACAGUACCAUCAAAACCCAGAUAAAACCAGUGCUUGAUAAACUAAAUGGCGACAAUGAUGUGGAUGUGAAAUAUUUUGCACAGGAGGCCUUAACAGGUAUGUAUAUGAUGUGACAUUGUUAGUGUCCCAUAUGUCUAAAAUUUACGUCAGAUUGUUGAUGUUUUGAUGCCACGUUGAUUUAACUUCCUCAUAAUUAUCUUACGUAGGUACGGAAGGUAAAAAGACAAACGACUCAAUACUGAACAACCCUAAUUUACUAACAGGCGAUUGCCUUGUGUUUUGGCCUUGAAAGUUGUGCAUUGCCGCCAUAUGCCGGCCACCUUCAUUUAAUAAUUUAUCUCACUUGAUAUUUUGUUUGUUUCCAUUAGUUUUCUAGCUUGUUUGGUAAUCGCUGUGGAUCAAGUUCUUUCGUACUAA